CCAGGGAGCGUUGAAUGAACAAGAGCUUUGUCCAGCAGUGUUUUUCACCAAUAGCUACACACCCUGCCGCUCCCCAGGACAUUCACAUGAAUCCUCUAAUCACCUGCUUAAUCACUGUGAAUCCUUCAUUUAUGCUAUUUAUGUUCUUGUAAUAGCACCGUUUGAUCUUUGGCACAUACUGUAUAUUGGUGUAAUAUAUGAUUAGCAGCACCUCUUUUCAGUGGAAACAGUAAGGCAGAGUAGCCUGGUGCCUUUUCGUGUGAAUGUAAACCGGAAGGCGAGCCAAAUAAACUGCCCCCAUGAAAUAUUGCAAAUUCUCGUUGGGUGAGCGGCUGCUGCUUCUGCUACUACACUGCCUUCUAUGGACCCAAACGCUUCUGGUCCAAUCAGUGGAGUUCUGUGUUUGUGCAGUGCAGUGUACUGUGCAGUGAUUAUUCCAGUAUUAGUUGAUGUCGUGUUUAAACUUGAGACACAUUGCAUUCCCUCUGAUUUGAGUCAUCCACAUAUUAAUGAUUAAUCAUUUCUGAGUGUUGAGUAGGGAUACAUAUGUGCAGAUAGUCCGCUUAUCAAAACAAGAUCUCAAGGUUGACAAUGGUUAGGAAUCGUCAUAGACUCACAUCUAAGAUUUGAUAAUCGGGUACGUAAUGUCUGCGUCUGAUAUUCAUACACUUAUCAUGCUGUGUCACCACCUGGUCGCAGGUCUCACAAUCAACUAUAAAAACCCCAUCAUAUCACUGUAUAACUAGACAAUAAUAAAAUAUGGAUUGAAACAAUGAGGUGCUAUUCCAACUUAGAGCUUGUUUUUAGAUGCCUACUUUUAAUGUCAAGCUCCUUCCCUGCUUAAUGAAUCUGUCACAAGACACCAGUAGAGUCAACACACGGCCCUAAGCCUCAUUUGGGCAAUCAGUCUUCUUUGUUAAAGGGGACAGGUUGUUGUAAGUCAGCGUUAUAGCUACUAAACACAGUGUAUCUGGUCGUUGUGCAAUAAUACUAUUCUAAUACUACUGUGAUGUCCAUACCAAAUAAACCAAACUAAAAUCGAUAUGGAUCAAAUGAUCAAAACAUCCUCCAUUGCCAGACAAAAAUACGAGUUGUAAAACUAUUUUUAAAAAUCACAAUUGUUUUUGAUGGGUGUAUGUAUCCACAUCUCAGACUGUAUACACUUUAUACUGACUGUACGUUAAAGAAUAACACACUCACACCCAUGUAGGUCACAAAGCUAAACUGUUCUUAUGGGAGUUCAGGCCCUGCCCCUGGUGAUGUGAAGUGGACUGCGCAUUAAAAGGAGCCUCAGGUGACGGCUGCGACUGUGGGUCUGCUCUCCAGCACACGGAUCUGUAGAUUCAUCUGAGGUUUCAAAAUGUUCGGACACAACCAAGGAAACCAGUACCCUCCUGGUUACCCAAACCAUCCUCAACAGAUGCCAGGGGGUUACCCUCAACACCCUCCAGGCACUGCACCACCGAUGAACUACCCUUCUCAGCCUCAGGGUCCAUACGGAGGCCAACACGGACCCGGACCUGGUUAUGGUCCCGGCCAAGGCCAUGGUCCUGGCCAAGGACAUGGACAGGGCCACGGACAGGGCCACGGAGAGGGGCAUGGACAGGGGCAUGGACAGUGCCACGGACAGGGCCACAGAGAGGGGCAUGGACCGUGCCACGGAAAGGGCCACGGACAGGGCCACGGACAGGGCCACGAACAGGGCCACGGCGAGGGGCAUGGACAGUGCCACGGACAGGGCCACGGACAGGGCCACGGCGAGGGGCAUGGACAGUGCCAUGGACAGGGCCACGGACAGGGCCAUGGACAGGGCCACGGACAGUGCCACGGACACAAGCACAAGCACAAGGAUGGUCACAAGCAUGGCAAAUGCCACAAGAAAGGAAAGGACGGUCACGGGUCCUCCAGCAGCUCCUGCAGCAGCGACUCUGACUAGACGAAGACUCCUGGAUAGGGGGAACAAGACCUUGAAACCUUCGCCUUCCGAACAAAUAUUAUCAUCAAUAUGUCACUGCCUAAAUGUUUCUUCACAUAUAAUCUCUCAAACAUAUAUUUGUAUCGAGCACCUGUAUUUUUACAAAAAUGUAAUCAGAGUCUCUGACUCUCACCUGACAGGCAUCCAGCAUCCAACAAUGCUGGAUGUUUGAAAAUGAUUUUAGGUCAGCCAUAUCAUGACUUGGUUUGAUGCAGUAUAAGCAGUUAUUAACAUUUAAUAACUUUGGUGUGAAAGACACAUUGCAGGCAUUAUUUGAUCUAUGAUCGUGUUAAUGAUGAAUUGAAAUAAAAUUACUUUCUGUGUGUGACAAUGCA